AUGGGAACUUCAAUUACCUAUGCAAUGGCAUUUUGCCUAAUUGCUGUCAGUGUUCAUAUUAAUGUUGCUGCUGAUAAACCUUAUUAUGCAUCCCAGCCAAAGUACUACUCUUCACCACCUCCAAAACAUGCAGAAUAUCCAUCCUCACAGAAAGUCCCUCAUCAUGCAGAACACUCACACCACUAUCACAAAUUAACUCCAUCAUAUACUUACAAAUCUCCACCCCCACCUUCUCAUUCACCACCUCCACCUUAUAUUUAUAACUCACCGCCACCACCUUCUCCCUCACCUCCUCCGCCAUAUGUCUAUAAAUCUCCACCCCCACCAUCCCCAUCACCACCCCCUCCCUAUGUUUAUAAGUCACCACCACCACCUUCUCCUCCACCUCCCCCACCAUAUGUCUACAAAUCUCCUCCACCUCCCUCUCCAUCACCACCGCCUCCGUAUGUCUACAAGUCUCCACCUCCUCCGUCCCCUUCACCUCCACCACCAUAUGUCUACAAAUCUCCACCACCGCCUUCUCCAUCGCCACAACCUCCAUAUGUGUACAAGUCACCACCACCAUCUUCUCCUUCACCUCCCCCACCAUACGUCUACAAAUCACCUCCACCUCCCUCUCCUUCACCACUGCCUCUGUAUGUCUAUAAGUCUCCACCUCCUCCAUCUCCUUCACCUCCUCCACCAUAUGUCUACAAGUCCCCACCACCACCUUCUCCAUCACCACCACCUCCAUAUGUAUAUAAGUCUCCACCACCGCCUUCCCCCUCACCUCCUCCACCAUAUGUUUACAAGUCACCACUGCCACCUUCUCCCUCACCUCUUCCAUCAUAUAUCUACAAAUCUCCUCCACCUCCCUCUUCUUCACCACCGCCUCCGUAUGUCUUUAAGUCUCCACCACCACCAUCUCCUUCACCUCCUCUGCCAUAUAUCUACAAAUCUCCACCACCACCUUCCCCGUCAGCACCACCUCCAUAUAUUUACAAGUCUCCUCCCCCACCAUCUCUUUCACCACCUCCUCCAUAUUUGUACAAGUCUCCACCUCCACCUUCUUCUUCCCAUGUUCCACCAUAUAUCCGUAAAUCACCCACUCCUUAUGUCCACAAGCAUCCGGCUUAUCACCUUCCCAAGCUCUACAACUCUCCACCACCACCUCCAAGAGUCUAUUAA